UUGUUGAGUCCUUUUGAUAAUACCAUAACCAUGUCUGGACGCGGAAAAACAACCGGCAAGGCCCGCGCUAAGGCCAAAACCAGGUCUUCCCGGGCCGGACUCCAGUUCCCGGUGGGUCGUGUCCACAGGCUGCUCCGCAAGGGCAACUACGGCGAGCGUAUCGGCGCUGGUGCACCCGUCUACCUGGCGGCCGUGCUGGAGUACCUGACCGCUGAAAUCCUGGAGCUGGCUGGGAACGCAGCCCGCGACAACAAGAAGACCAGGAUCAUUCCCCGCCAUUUGCAGCUGGCCGUCCGCAACGACGAAGAGCUCAACAAACUCCUAGGCGGUGUCACCAUCGCCCAGGGCGGCGUGUUGCCCAACAUUCAGGCGGUGCUGCUCCCUAAGAAGACCGAGAAGGCCUCCAAGAAGUAAUCUGUUGACUUUCAAUAUAACCACAAAAGGCUCUUUUAAGAGCCACACAAUUCUUCUUCCUGAGUCAAUCCUCAACGUACUCUUAUUGUAAAUAACUCGUUUCAAAUUUAUACCUAAUAACACUUUGAAUGGGAAUGUCUUUGAUAUCU